CAGCUUCCUCCAAACCCCACGCGUUCCUCCGGCGCGACGAACAUGCCUCGUCGAACAAGAGCAGAACUGCAAGAGGGCGAUACUGACUCUCUCAAGGAGAACUCUGCUCUUUCUAACGGCGUCAAGGAUUCGGUCAAAAAGGAGAAAGUAAAAGACGAGAAAGGGAAAGGCAAGGCAAGGCGUAUCGAGCCUGAACCUCUGGAUGAAGAGUCAGAUCAGACUCAGGCUGAUGACAAUGCCGAUGUCGACGCUGAUGGUGAUGUGGAUGCUGAUGGUGAUCCCGAGAACGUGGACGGCUCGCCAAGAAGCCGCAAGCGUACUCGUGUCAAUGCAGAGGGCGACUUUGCUCCCUCCACCCCCAAAAGGGAGCAAGUAGCAACACUUCCUCGUGAUGCCGACGGUUUCAUCCCUGGUUCAAUUGUGCGCAUUCAGUUGCACAACUUCCUCACAUACGACUGGGUGGAAUUUCGACCUGGUCCAUACCUCAACAUGAUACUCGGUCCCAAUGGCACUGGUAAAAGCAGUAUUGCCUGCGCAAUUUGUCUCGGACUCAAUUGGCCUCCGAGCAUCCUUGGUCGCGCAAAUGAGAUUUCUAGCUUUGUCAAGCAUGGCAAAGAGAGUGGCUACAUCGAGAUUGAACUGAAGGGUGCAAAGGGUCAAAAGAACCUUGUGAUUCGACGCAACCUGAGCGCCAAGUCCAAAAGCUCGACUCUGACUCUUAACGGACAAUCUUGUACUGGAAAGGAAAUCACUAACCGCAUGGCGAAACUCAAUGUUCAAGUUGGAAAUUUAUGUUCGUUCUUGCCUCAGGACAAGGUCUCCGAGUUUGCGCAAAUGACUCCGCAGCAGUUGCUUAGAGAGACGCAACGUGCCGCGGGGGAUGUUAAUUUGUCGAAUUGGCAUGACACACUGAUUACCGCUGGCAAGGAGCUUAAGAAUCUCCAAGAUAAAUCCAGUGAUGAGCAAGAGCGGUUGAAGACGAUGCAAGAGCGUAAUUCCCAACUUGAGCGAGACGUUCAGCGUUAUCAAGAGCGCAAGCGUAUCGAGAAGGAUAUUGAUGUCUUAAAAGUGUUGAUACCUGUUAACGAAUACCAUGAAGCUAAAGAGCGCUACCAGAAAGCAAAAGACCGCCAACGGGAGUUGCACGCCCGGGUACGGAAACUGAAGGACAGGAACGCGCCCGCACACGCCAAGCUAGAACAGCUCGCAGUUCAGCACAAGGAAUACGAGAAAGCACGCGAGAAAAAGAAGACUGCAUCCCGCCAGAAGUUCCAGCAGAUGAAGAACAAAUGGGGCGAGAAUGACAAGCUUGUUCGUCUGUUGGUUCAUUUUUGUUUCUUUUCUGAUCAUUAGCCACUCAGGAACGUGACGCCGAGGACGUUACCAGCAGACUUGACGGUCUCAAACGGGCAGAGAAGGAGCGCGUGAAGAAGAUCAAAGAAAUCCAGGGGCACAAUGAAAAAUGGCAGAAAGAGCUUGAUAACCCACCCCAACUAGAAGAUAUUGAAGCAAUCAAUGCUGAGAUGAGGAAAGUCAACAGGGAGCACAGUCAGACGACUACACGCAUGGAGGACUUGCAGGAGCGACAAAGGAAGAAUGUCGAUUCGUCUGCCGCCCAACAGGCGAACAUCAGUGGCGCGUUGGACCAGUGAGAAA